AUGAGUGUCACUCUUCCUGUCGGGCAUGCGACCCGUUUAUCCGAGAUGGUUUCGCCCCACAUUCAGCGGAUAGACGACACCAUUGCUGCGGGACACGCUUCAAACCAGUUGAAGCAGAGCAUAGAGUCAGAUAUCACUGUGCUAGAGACGGCGCUCCUUCAAUUACGCACGUCUCGCAACACCUGCUUGCCGUUACUUCGUCUACCGCUGGAAACGUUAGGGGAGGUCAUCGAGAUCCUGGCAUCUAUCUGGCCUGCGGUCGUAGGAUACGCGAGAGAAGGCCCUCUGCUCGAACAUGUGGCGUUCAUGGAAGGGAGAAACUAUAAGACAUGUCCUUCCCUCAGAUUAGGUUGGAUACUACUUGCGCACGUUUGCCGGAAGUUACGAGCGGCCGUGCUGGCUCGCAACGACCUCUGGGCGAGCAAUAUCUGCAGCAUUACUCGAUCACCAACCGACUUGGCAUCAUACUACGGGAAUGCCCCACUGCACAUCGAUGUCCGAGUUAACUUGCUCAAAAGCAUACCGCGUCUACGGCGUACGGAGAUCGACGCCGUCAAACACCUUUUAAGAUCCUCGCGCGCAAUCAUUCUCGAAGAACAUGUCGAAGGGUCUAACGAUACGCUUUUCGCGAAUCUCGACCCCGGCUUCUUUUCAAAGCUGCAGUUCCCUCACCUGCAGCAUCUCUCAUUGGAUCUGGGUUAUCUACCUAGUGGAGAAGAUGGAGAGAACGAGGCUAUAACGUCUGAGAUCUUCGAACUGCCGGAGAUGAUGGCACCCAACCUACGCUCUCUGCACUUGAAGAACUACAUGAUAUCUUUCGACCCGUCCACAUUAACCGACCUCAAGCUUCAGCUCGCUGAACCAUACUCGGCCAUACUAUCGACUAGACGUUUCUUGACGAUACUACGCCGCUCAGUCAAUCUCCGUUCGCUGGAUAUUGCGUCAUGCAUCCCACGAUUGAACUCGCAUUUAGCUGAGUCAGACAAAGUGCCGUUGCCUUCUCUUGAAAGGCUGCGUCUCAGAGGGAAGAUACGUCGAUGCCACGACCUACUUACCCAUCUGACCUUACCCCGGUCUACACGUUACGAUGUCGAAUUUCAUUACAAACAGAUCGACUUCCCGGGCGCGUUCGAAUACCUCAAUUUCUCCCUCCCUCACUUCACGCACCUGGAUACCUCACUCGUCACUGGGAUGGCUCUUGAAGAGCGGGAUAAGGUUGAAAUCGCGCUGUAUACGCCAAAAUCCUCCCCCGCUUCGGUCACCAAGGCGCCUUUCGACCUCUUCGCGGAUGGCUUUUGUAGGCAUCACGAUCUCAGUUUCGGCGGCGAUUCACGAGAGCAUCGUGAGCCGUGUCUCGAGGUCCUCUUAGCGCACGCGCAGACCUUCACGAACAUGUCUGCCAUAGGCACGUUACAGAUUGCAUUCGGGAACACGUAUGGCAACGACGUCUGGAUCGCGUGCCUCUCGCUGUUCCCCAACUUGGUGACCCUGUCUCUCGACGGUCCUGGUCGCAUGUCGGCGCUCUUCGCCAUGAAGGCCACGAACCUCGACGAUUCGGAUUCGGCCCAGACCGAUGAAACGCCCAUCGUUCUACCGCGCCUGUCCUUCUUAUGGAUAUCGGCACUCGACGUUAGAAAGCCGCGGAACGACGAGGAAGCGCAGCAGGGAGGUCCGGAUCGUCAGCAGUUCCUGCACAUCUUGUCGUCGCGAAGGAGAGCAGGCGCUCCCUUGGACCGUCUGCGCAUUGACAAACUACUCGUCCCAGACUAUGCCGAGGCAAAGAAGGUACUUUUGCCGCGCAUGGAGACCUUAGUGCCGCAUGUCGAGGUUGAGCUUCUAGAGAGAGAUCCAGCAACAGAGUACGCCGAAGAAGAGGAUUCGGAAGAGCUAUAG